AUGGCCAAAUCCAAAUCCAAAGCUCAACCUGAAGCUCCUCAGAAAUCAACACCUUCCACUCUAGCAGAAGCCCAGAACCAACCGGGAUCGCUACCAACAGAUCCCGAGCAAGUUCAACUAUCUUCUUCUUCCUCCUCCAGGCCUAAAUCUAGAUCUUCCAAGAAGAAAUCCAAGAACAUACCUAUAAUUACCCCACCAAUAUUCAGCGAAGAGCAAAUCAUCCAAUAUCACCUUAUGCAUCCCUCCGUAUCUCAGAAUACAAUUUCACCAUAUUCCAUUGAUCCGAUAACCUUAUCAAGCAAGAAACGAAAGCGGGAGGGUGAAUCGCCUAGAUUCUCACAUCCUUUACCUGUCAUAUGGUUCGAAGGACCUUCCCAUUCCUCCUCUUCGUCGGGUAAGAAGAAAGGCAAGAAAGACGAAAAGACCAAGAGAAUACAUCUGUCAACUAGAUAUAUGCAAGUUCCUGAUCAUGCAGUAAAAAUCGAAAGUAUAGGAAAUUCUGCAGCGUUCUGGUUAGGUGAUCUCAAUGGAUCGUCUUCAGUAUCCACUCUUAGUACUAAUCUUGCCGAUAGCACCAAUAAUAACAACAAAAAGGUCGAGGACGGAAAGGAGAAGGAGAAUGGGAUUGGAAAUGCGAGUGAUAAGGUGAAGACGAAAACGAAAUCGAAGGAAAAGAAGACAGUUUCUGAAGCAGAAGAAGGAAUGGUAAAAGGGAAAGGGAAAGCGGAAGUGAUAGACAAUAGCAUCAAGCGUAGUGGGAAGACGAAUAGCAAAUCAAAUGGAAAUGCCAAAUCAAAAUCAAAAGACCAGGAUAUACCUCAACCCAAACCUAAACCUACCUCACUACCUACAACGACAGUAACUCCUAAAGCGUACGAGCCAGUCGAUUUAUCCGAUACCUCAGAUUCAGAGUCGGAAAGUUCAACUUCCUCUUCAAGUUCUUCUACCUCAUCUUCUUCCGAUGAAACUGAUUCUGAUUCCGAUUCCGAUGAUGAAUCUGAUUCUGAACCAACGACAGAUCCAAGUAAAACAUCCAAUUACAAUUCAUCUUCAUUCGAUCGACCACCUCCACAACAACCUGAUCCUCCUCAAUCUACCACCAACGAUAACAAAGAGACACCCAAGAUCAAGACCAAUGGUAAUGCUUCUCAUUCAACUAAAAAGAGGGUAUCGCUCUUAGAUCCAUCUACACCUGUUCAAACACUCCCACCGAAACGACUCGAACAGCUCGUUACUCCUACUACUACCACUGUUGCCACUCCUACACCGAGCGGAGAGAAGAAGAAGAAUAAGAAGAGAGAGUCGACUGGUGGAAAGGGGAAGAAGGGUCCGAAAUGGGUCACUGAGACGCCCAAAGUCAAAUGA